GACGGAGGCGGGGUGGCGGUGCCUGGCCGGGCGGAGGCGAGAGCGAGAGCGCGGCUCCCGGAGGCUGUGUGCGCCCGGCUGUCACCAUGAGUGAUCAAGCGUGGAGCUUCCUCAAGGACUUCCUGGCCGGCGGCGUCGCCGCUGCCGUCUCCAAGACCGCGGUCGCCCCCAUCGAGAGGGUCAAACUGCUGCUGCAGGUCCAGCAUGCCAGCAAGCAGAUCACUGCUGAGAAGCAGUACAAAGGGAUCAUUGAUUGCGUGGUGAGAAUCCCUAAGGAGCAGGGCUUUUUGUCCUUCUGGAGGGGCAACCUGGCCAACGUGAUCCGGUACUUCCCCACCCAAGCUCUCAACUUCGCCUUCAAGGACAAGUACAAGCAGAUCUUCCUGGGGGGCGUGGACCGCCAUAAGCAGUUCUGGCGCUAUUUUGCCGGUAACCUGGCUUCCGGUGGGGCCGCUGGGGCCACCUCCCUCUGCUUUGUCUACCCGCUGGACUUUGCUAGGACCAGGUUGGCUGCCGACGUGGGCAAGGGGGCCGCCCAGCGUGAGUUCAGUGGCCUGGGCAACUGUCUUGUCAAGAUCUUCAAGUCUGACGGCCUGAGGGGUCUCUAUCAGGGCUUCAACGUCUCCGUCCAGGGCAUCAUUAUCUACAGAGCUGCCUACUUCGGGGUCUAUGACACUGCCAAGGGGAUGCUGCCUGACCCCAAGAAUGUGCACAUUAUCGUGAGCUGGAUGAUCGCCCAGACCGUGACGGCGGUGGCAGGGCUGGUGUCCUACCCCUUUGACACUGUCCGCCGUAGGAUGAUGAUGCAGUCCGGCCGGAAGGGGGCGGAUAUUAUGUACACCGGGACAGUGGACUGCUGGAGGAAGAUUGCGAAAGAUGAAGGACCCAAGGCUUUCUUCAAAGGUGCCUGGUCCAAUGUGUUGAGAGGCAUGGGCGGUGCUUUUGUAUUGGUAUUGUAUGAUGAGAUCAAAAAAUUUGUCUAAUGUCAUUAAAACUCAAGUUCAUCGGUUCCAGAUCCAUUGUGUGGUUUAAUAGACUUUUCCUAGGGGAAGUAAAAAGAAAGAUCUGGGAGAAGACCAGACUGAAAAGAAUACCUCAGGAAAAAAAGUGCUUCAUUGAGUGUCCAUUAAGCCACAAAUGUAUUUUGUAUUUAUUUUACAUUUAAAUUCCCACAGCAAAUAGAAAAUAACUUAUCAUACUUAUACAAUUAACUGAAGAGCUGAUAAUGAAAAUAACUGAAUGUGAAACAUCAAUAAAGACCACUUAAUGCA